UACUUAAUAGACCUUUUAUUCCACAUAUACACUUAUUUUUUCCGUUCAGUCAAUGUAAAUUAAAUUUCUAAUUUCACGUUUAUUUUCAGCGAAGCCAAAUCAUACACCACUAAUGGUCCAAAACGCAUCGGUCAUAAAUACAAGAAAGCGCGUUUCCAUGAAUUUACAGAUAACACCUUUACAACGAAGAAGGAAAGAAAGACUGACUAUGAAAAACACCUUGGAAUUAUGGGGCCAAUCAUUAGAGCGGAGAUUGGAGACACAGUGGAGGUUGUAUUGAAGAAUAUGGCCACGAAAAGUUAUUCGAUUCAUCCCGAUGGAUUAUUCUACAAGAAAAAGUAUGAAGGUUCGAAUUAUCAAGAUGGGACCACAGGGGAUGACAAAAACGAUAACGCAGUCGCCCCUGGGGUACAGUUCAAAUAUGUGUGGCAAGUCCCUGAGCGAGCAGGACCAACACCGAAUGAAGACGACUGUUUGGCGUGGGCAUACUUCUCUGAUGCACAUGCGGUGACAGACUUAUACACCGGACUGGUUGGACCGCUUCUUGUUUGUAAAAAGGGAACACUUACAGAAGAAAAUUCUCGUCGGGGCGUGGAUCGAGAGUUCUUUCUGCUUUUCGCCACAUUUGACGAAAACAGGAGCUGGUAUCUGGACGAUAACAUUAAUGACUACUGCUCGGAUCCAGGUCCUAUUGAUGAACUGAAGAGCGAUCCUGGGUUCCAAUUGAGCAACCAGAACUACGCAAUCAAUGGUUUUCUGUAUGGAAAUUUACAAGGCCUUGAAAUGUACAAAGGAGAGAAGGUGGAAUGGUAUCUAAUGGGUCUUGGAGACUUGACAGAUGUCCACACAGUACAUUUUCAUGGACAGACCUUCCUUUAUAAAUCGACCACAAUGCACCGAGAGGACGUAUAUGACAUUUUCCCAGGAGUCUAUGCUACCGUGGAAAUGAUGCCCGACAGCGUAGGAGACUGGUUACUACACUGUCACGUGAACAAUCACUUGGCAGGCGGAAUGGAAACACUUUUCUCAGUCAUGGAAGCGACUAAUAAGCCAACAGUUUACAGCACGGCUUCCAAAGCAGAAUUCGACAGAAUAAUUUUCACGACCCUACUUGUUUUCAUUUUGUUUUUGCUUACUGCUUGAUCCCACAGUUCCUAGUUUUUCGAUCAAAACGAGUUUCAGAUGAUGUUUUGAACCCUUGGGUCUUUCUCAAGCAGCUAAGUAAUUCAAACAUUUAACAUAUAAAGUGUGUUACUGUAACCAGUGAGUUUUCACUUCCAUCAAGUGGAAGAAUCUAGACAUUUAUUCUUUUUUAGCUUUCAUAGGCGUCUCGGAGUUUUGACAGGUUUUUAGGAGUUUCAUGGAGUCUAUCGUUUUUUAAACGUCAGAAUGAUCAUUUGGAACACUGAGUAAUUUGUUAGUUCUUUGAAUGGUGCUGUAUUACUUGCAAAUUAGUUGACGUUUGUAAAUUGUAAUCAAGUCGCAGCUGUUUUCUUUUAGAGUAAAGGAAAGAGUGCACUUCAAGAUGUUUAAUUCAUUGUUAUUGUUAAAACAUGUUUAAAACAGGGAACCUUUUCGCCAAGCGUGUCGCAAGCGAAUCGUGAGCGAAUUGCCUGUAAACCGCAAGAAAACCGCUGACAAACGGCGCGUAAAGCGAUAGCAAGUGGCAAGAGACCCAAGCAGUCAUAUCUGUACUUAUCCUGCACGACUAUGCGCCAAUGUCUGGUGUGGAAAUCCCUAUUGGUAAAACAAAACAGAAAGCAAAACAAAGCAUAACUGUAGCUAACGCUAAGCCACAAGGGACACCUGGGUAACUUUCCGAGUUUCUUAGCGCGCAUUUCCCAAAAACACGUGUGCGGGCAAAGUGUGGUGCGAACGUCAGAUUCUCAGCAGUCAAAGUCGUCUUGUUAGUUUUGAACUUAAAUGGAACGUCUUAUUUAGAUUCCUUAAGAUUAGACCAGUCUACCCUCGUUGCUGGACAAAGUUUUACGGUUCGUUCUGUAUCCUGCUGAGGAAAUCAGAAAAGUUGUAAUUCUGCCAGCUUGUAU